AUCAAGCUCCUCAACGAGGCGCAAGGGCACGUUGUGACCCUCGAGAUCACCUCCGGCCAGACAUACCGCGGCAAGCUCCUGGAAGCUGAGGACAACAUGAACAUUCAGCUCAAGGACAUCACUGUCACAGCACGCGACGGACGAGUCAGCCAUCUCGACCAGGUCUACAUUCGCGGCAGUCACGUGCGAUUCUUUAUUGUGCCCGACAUGUUGAAGAAUGCGCCCAUGUUCCGA